UCAGCCAGCAGAUGGCUGCAUUUACAAGUCACGUGACGCGUUACAACCAAUCGUUUUAGAAACAUUUCUCCGAGUGGAGAGUUCUCUUCUAAAGAAAAUGGCGUCGGUAUCUUUAGCCACUUUAUUACCGUUACCUACGCAAGCUGUGUACAAUGAGGAUGAGGUGGAGAAGUCGAGAAAGUUGCCUUUUCCUUCUCAAGCUAUUGUUCCUUCACGUAAGUUACCAGCUUAUGGCCAGAGACAAGGUUGGGUACCAAGAAAUCCCGAGGAUUAUGGUGGUGGAGGAGCCUAUCCAGAGAUUCCUGUUGCCCAGUAUCCUUUGGAAAUGGGAAGAAAGAAGGGGAAAACGAAUUCAAAUUCGUUACCUGUCCAAUUAGAUGCUCAGGGGAAAAUUAAAUAUGAUGUAAUUGUGCGUCAGGGUCAUAGUAAAGACAAAAUUGUUUAUCAUAAAUUUCAAGAUAUGUUGCCUUCUGAAAUCACUAAUGACGAAGAUCCUGAACUUCAAAAGCCCAAUGAAGAUGAAGUACGAGAUACAACGGAAGCCACCCGAAUGGCUUUAGAAAAAUUAACUCACACCAAAAUAUCAGCUGCUAUGCCAGUCAGAGCGGCAGAAAAACCAGGUCCUGCACAAUAUAUCAGAUAUACACCGUCACAGCAAGGUGUUGCAUAUAAUUCUGGAGCAAAACAAAGAAUUAUAAGAAUGGUUGAAGUUCAAAAGGAUCCAAUGGAACCUCCUCGCUUCAAAAUAAACAAAAAAAUUCCCAGAGGACCACCGUCACCACCUGCUCCUGUCAUGCAUUCCCCUACUAGGAAAGUAACAGUGAAAGAGCAGCAAGAGUGGCGUAUUCCACCAUGUAUAUCCAAUUGGAAAAAUGCAAAAGGAUACACAAUACCAUUAGAUAAGCGAUUAGCCGCGGAUGGUAGAGGUUUGCAACAAGUUCAUGUAAAUGAAAAUUUUGCAAAAUUAGCAGAAGCUUUAUAUGUAGCUGACAGAAAGGCACGUGAAGCUGUGGAAAUGAGGGCCCAACUUGAGAAAAAACUGGCACAGAAAGAAAAAGAAAGAAAAGAAGAACAUUUGCGUCAUUUAGCGCAGAAAGCUCGUGAGGAACGUGCAGGAAUUCGCACUCAAGCAGUUUCGGACAAAGAUGAAGAAGUAAGAGAGAGAGAACAAUUGCGCUAUGAACGACAUAAAGAGAGACAAAGAGAGAGAAAUAUUGCUAGGGCUGCUCCUGAUAAAAGAACAAAAUUGGAAAAACAACGAGAAAGGGAUAUCAGUGAAAAAAUUGCACUUGGAUUGCCUAAUACAAGACAAAAUUCUGGAGAAUUGCAAUUUGAUCAAAGAUUAUUUAAUCAGAGUAAGGGAAUGGAUAGUGGAUUUGGAGGAGAAGAUGAUUACAAUGUUUAUGACAAACCUUGGCGUGGAAAUCAAAGUGUUGGACAAAGCAUUUACCGUCCUCGAAAUGAAGAUAAAGACAUGUAUGGUGACGAUAUUGACAAAUUAAUUAAAACGGCACGAUUUGUUCCCGACAAAGACUUUUCUGGAACUGAUCAUUCUGUCAGGCGUGAUGGGCCUGUUCAGUUUGAAAAGCAAGAAGAAGAAGAUCCUUUUGGUUUGGAUAAAUUCUUAACAGAAGCUAAAAAAGCUAGUAAGAGACCAACAGAGGACUCAUCUAGAGAUUAUGAUAGAGAUCGUAGUAAAAGAAGGAAGGAAUAAAUUUCUUUGUAAAGAUUUUUAUUUAAACUUAGUGACACUAAGCUGGAACUGUCUUAUAAUAAACUAAUCUUUUUAUUAUUGUAUAUUACAAUAAAUGGCAAUAAAUUUAAUUAUUGCAGUUGAA